AUGAUCGUGCGCACCUACGGCCGCCGCAACAGACCCCUGUCGGGAACGUGCUCGGGGUCCUCCUCGCUCAACGACGACGUUUCGGAGCCAUUCUCGCAGGAGAGCGGCGACCCUCUCUGCGCCUUCGCCUUCUCCUCGCAGGACUCCUCCUCGCAGCAUUGGCCCCUCUUUGAUUCGGAGAUCGACGAUUUGUGCGGCGGGAGGGAGGCCAAGCGGGCACGCCGCGCGGCGGAGAAGAUUCCGGCGACUUCCACGCUCAUGGAGGCGCAGGAGUUCGGUGAGAUGAUGGAGCACGUCGACGAGGUCAAUUUCGCCCUCGAUGGUCUCCGGAAGGGUCAGCCUCUGCGGAUCAGAAGGACGAGUUUGGUUUCGCUCUUGACAAUUUGCGCCACUACACAUCAGAGGAGGCUUCUCAGGACGCAAGGGAUGGCAAAGACAAUAAUUGAUGCUAUUUUGGGUCUCAGUCUUGAUGAUUCUCCCAGCAAUCUUGCAGCUGCUACCCUUUUCUACAUUUUGACCAGUGAUGGCCAAGAUGAUCACCUCCUUGAAUCACCUGGUUGUAUUCAAUUUCUAAUGAAGUUUCUAAGACCAAUUGUCACUACAGCCAUUAAAGACAAAACUCCAAAAUUUGGCUCUAAACUUCUAUCAUUGCGUCAGAACGAUGACAUGCUAAGAAAUACAAUGGGAAAAUUGGAUUCCAGUUCUGCAGAAGUUUUUUCUAGAGUGCAAGAAAUUCUAGUAAAUUGCAAAGAGCUAAAAACAUGUCAGAAUGAAAGAAGGGUGGAGAGACCAGAGUUAUGCCCAAAGUGGGUAUCAUUACUGACAAUGGAGAAGGCUUGUUUGUCUGCCAUUUCUCUUGAUGAAACCUCGGGCGCUGUACGGAAGACUGGUGGAAAUUUCAAGGAAAAGUUAAGGGAGCAUGGAGGGCUUGAUGCAGUCUUUGAAGUCACAACAGAUUGCCAUUCAGAUUUGGAGAGCUGGAUGAAGGAUAGUUCUCUUUCUACCAAAGGUUCAAGAAAUGACAAACUAUUCAAGAGCCUAACCUUACUUCUCAAGUGCUUGAAGAUAAUGGAAAAUGCUACUUUCCUAAGCAACGACAAUCAGACUCAUUUGCUUGGAAUGAAAGGAAAAUUGAGUUCUCGGCGACCUCCAAUUUCUUUUACAGAGCUGAUUAUAGCUGUCAUAAAGAUCCUCUCAGAUCUGUGUUUACGGCGGUGUGCAUCCGUUGCAUCCAAUUAUAACAAGCCUCACGAUCAUUUCUCUAUGGCCAGUCAUGAUUCUGAAUUGGAUCAGCAAAGAGACUACAAAGAGAAUGAGACUUUAUCCAUCAGUUCCUCUAGAAAGUAUCAUGGAGCAGAGAGAGGCUCUUCUCUUAAGAGUUCUAAUGCUUCUCAGAUUAGUGGAAUAUUGACAUGUAAUCGGUUGGAAAGUUCGCUGUCCAUUUCUGAAACUCCUAGCACUUCAACUACUGAUACUUUUUCACUUAAGUUAAGGGUCAGUUCUUCCACGUCUGGAUCUUGUAGUGGUGCAUCAAAUAGUUCAUACUGUAAAACAUCCAUGAUUCAAAAUAAUUCCAGGAAGAAUGUUCGCUUUGUGGAAACCACUCCAAUUGUAAUAUUGGAUGAUGGCCAAGAUCCUUUUGCAUUUGAUGAGGAUGACAUUGCACCCUCUAAGUGGGAUCUGUUAUCAGGAAAACAAAAAAAACCGCAUUCUAAAAAGCAUGUGGUAGCAAGCAGAGAGUUCGAAAAUGAAUGUCAAUCUCACACUGCUGUUAUCCAACAAGAAUUAAGUAAUGGAGACAUCAAUUGUUCCAGUUCUGAUGUUGGUGAUGAAAAAGAUUCCAGCCUUCUGAUUGACUGCCUUCUUACUGCUGUAAAGGUGCUCAUGAAUUUGACUAAUGAUAACCCUGUUGGCUGCCAGCAAAUUGCUACGUAUGGAGGGCUGGAGACUAUGUCUAUGUUAAUUGCUUGUCAUUUCCCUUCUUUCAGCUCGCCUUUGUCCUUUGCUCAGAUAAAAGAAAAUGCUGUUGGAACUACAAAAGAUCAUCAAUCUGAUAAGCAUCUGACUGAUCACGAGUUAGAUUUCCUUGUUGCUAUUCUGGGUUUGCUUGUAAACCUGGUUGAGAAGGAUGGUCAUAACAGAUCAAGGCUUGCAGCUGCCAGUGUUCUGCUACCUUCCUCAGUAGGCUCGUGCCAGGAGGUUCGGAGGGAUGUUAUUCAGUUAUUAUGCUCCAUCUUCUUGGCUAACCUGGGUGAAAGUGAAGGAGAUGGAGAAGAUAAGCAUUUGCAACUGAACGAUGAAGCAGCUGUUAUACAAAGUGAAAAAGAAGCUGAGAAAAUGAUUGUGGAAGCUUAUUCUGCGUUGCUUCUAGCUUUUCUUUCCACUGAAAGUAAGAGCAUCCGGGCAGCAAUUGCUGACAAUCUUCCAGACCAGAACUUAGCAAGUCUUGUACCUGUGCUGGACAGAUUUGUGGAAUUCCAUCUAUCAUUGAACAUGAUUUCACCCGAGACUCAUAAAGCUGUUAGCGAGGUCAUUGAAUCGUGUAGAAUUCGAUGA